GUCCGCGCACUGGGUAGAUCAAGGACGCGGAGGAAGUGGCCUGGGCUUCGGUAGUAUGAACAGCCUUACAUCGAGUAACUCGCUCUUGCGACAAUACAAAACAAAUGACAGACAUUGAUGAGCAAGAGCACCGUUGGCCAUGAGACCGAAGCCAGAUGUGAGCAGCUCAUCUACUCCGGUUCGUCGGCCUAACAUGUAGUCUACAAAUAUUGAGCAUGGCACCGGAACGCGUGUGGUCGUUCGCCAUACUGCAUCCACUGAUGUGCAUUGUAUAUGCCCAGAGUGUAGAACUGCCACCCGCAGACACCGCACAUGAUGGGGUUCAACAGAAGCCCAUGUGUUUUGUAUAUGUGUUGCUGCGCAUCAUCCCCGCUCAUUACGCGCCCAUUCCCACAGGGGAUGCAUUGGAAGCUUCGGGAUUUUCGAGGGCCUGCUGGAGCACCUCUGGCCAAUGAACUGCACUCAUCGCGUGGAUCUAACAGAGGAAUCAAGGAAGCCGUGCGCAAAGGCGAGGCCGUUCUCAAUCAGGCAGUGCGAAUGGAGGGUGUGCAGUGGAAGUGGUAGUAGGACGACUCAUCGACACCCUAGCGAGGGUCCUCGUUAUGUACCGGCAGUGAGCCGCGCCGGUGCUGUCCAGCCGCGGUGGUUGGAAACCUGUACUGCUGCCAAGAUGUUCCCCAGAGAAGAGUGAGUUGGUUGAAGCGCUUGUGCUCCUAGGGUGAUGCGGAGCUACAUACAGCGCCUGGUGUAUGCCGCUAGCAGCCUGGUACAGUACUCGAGAAUGGACCACCGUCAGACCCGUCAACACCGUCGCCCUGCCUUGAGCGCUUGACCCUCUGAUUAGACAGUUGAGGGUUGCGUACUCGACACAUUCGCCGAUACAAGCGACACGCACACGGCGAGCGCAAACUUCCAGCCCGGAAUCAAGACGCUGAUGCGGUUGAGAAGGCGCUUCUUGUCGUAGGGCACAGGGCCAGUAGCAAGGAGUCCCUGAAAAAAGGCGUGAUUCCGUGUCCCCCGUUCACAGUCAACUGUGGUUUCACAUGGGAGCGAGAGAGGUGUCA